AUGCGACGGCUGUUCUCCUCAUCUACGCGCGCAAACCUCCAAAUCCCGUCCGCCUCCACCACCUGUUUGACCACACCGCGGCUGCUUGGCCUUAAGCAGUACCAAAGAACCAUCACCGAGGUACGCGCCCGCCAGGCUUCCGUGUCGCGAACAUGGUUCACGGCUUCCGCGACGUCUCUCCACGCGGAGAGUGGAGGUAAUCGUCCACCGAACGAGCGCAAUCUCAAACUUGGCAAUACUAUACGGAUACUCCAUGAACGACUUCCUACCCUAUUAGUAUCGCCGCUUCCUCAAGAUAUCCUUGCGCCGAAUGUCAGCCUUCAUCUAUUUCCUUCGUCACAUCCACAUCUCCCUACAGUGAGCGGCAAGAUUGCCUACACAGCCGCAUUAUGGACUGCGCCGAUGGCAUGGGGUCGUGUACCCGUAGUCGGCAAUGUCAAGCUGAAGAUAUUAUCAGAGCGCAUGGUCAAGAAUGGUUGCGCAGCAGACACACAGAACGAAAGGCUGAUAGUCAAGUGGGAAACGUGUAAAUCUGAGAAAGAGCAUGGGCCAGUCAGUGAAGCAGUCGAGAAGAUCACGAGCAUCAUCAGUCGCCCGCACAAGAAAGACGAGAAGUUUUCUGGUCUUUUCUUCUUCGAGUUCGAUGAGGAGGGCAGACUUUCGAAGCACACAAUCGAGCAUGUGGAGGAGAACGGUCAAUGGGACAAGACUGCGAAGGUCAUCUCCGUCACCGACUGGUUACUAGGGCGUGCGUGGGGAAGACGCGAAGAACAUGCGCCAAGCUUAGCAUACGUGAAGAGCGCGAAGCCGAAGCAGGCGCAUCCAGAUCACGACUACCGGUGA